CCCUUUUCUCAACCAACUUUCCACACCCCGCAGCAACAUCUCACCAAACAGCACACAUUAGCUUGUCCUCGUUUAUCAAUCUGUGCCUCACGGCAACUGUGCGAAGUGUCUUCCAACAUUUUGACAUCCUUGGUUUUGUCGUGCUGGUGCAGUAUAUCUACCAGGGGGUCCGCGGCCCGAGUUGCAGGUUCGCCAAAUUUCCAGCCUCGAAGUUACAAUCUUCCUUUCACUCACAAUCGCGGCACCAACUACCCGCCAACAACCCACGGAGACGCACCUUGACGCGCUAUCUGCACGUAAAAUCUUUCAGAUAGCACGCGUGUGCCUCCGUUGCUAUGCCCGCGCUCCGCAAGCGUAAAAGCCGGACAGGCACACCUUUCGACUCAACCACCGACAGCCCUCCCUCAACCUUGGACUUGCGCAAGGAAAAGGUUCAAAGCUCACUCGACGCAUGGGUCGAACCUGCGCUGCAAAACCCUGCACCAUCAUUCGAAGAGCACGGCUUAAUUCGCCACGGCGUGUUGGAAACCAUGGCCCCUCUAGGCGUCCCUCCGUCCACCAAGAUCAAGCAGAAGGCACGCGCCUCCGGAGACACGAACAUGCGACGAUCACUUGUGAUCAAGAAGGGCGGGGCUCUUGCUGUCGAAGAGGACGGCACCACUCCCGAGCUGACACCGGCUCCUGAGCUCGAGCGCGACGAUUCGGAGCGGCAAGAGGAGGACAUUACGGUCUCUUUCCCAGAUCAAGACGAGGAUGAAGACGAUGACUACAUGCCUAGUAGGAAGAAGGCGAAGACAUCCCAUGGCACAAAGACUCCUGUGAGGAGCAAGAGCGUAGCGCAAACUAAGCCUACUGCGCGAGGAAAAACGCCUGUCAAAAACGGCAUGAGCAAAUCCAAUACCACAACACCUGUCGCUAGCAGCGCAAGUGCCGUUGGGUUGGGUUGCUUGGAUCAGACGACGCAACAACGCAUCCACAUCGCAGUCAACGACGCCAUCUCACGAUCCAAUAAAAACAAUACGAAGGACUUGGGUGUGGUUCUCAAAGAGAUGCUUGUAGCGAGCCAGGAAAACACACAGCUGGCGAAAGCCGUUGAUGGAGUCAUGCACCAGAAGGAGACCAUCCAAGAAUACGCCAUCUUCCGCCAGUUUGUCAAGGGCAAGAAGAAACAGAUCAAACUCGGGUCCAAAUUACAGAAAGCGCAAAAUUCCUUCAAAUCCGACAAAGCGAUGCAGAAAGUACACCCAGUUGCUGGAAAAGACGAAGACUCUUCACCUCCCACCGGACUUCCUACUGCUUCAAAUUCUCCACCCUCGGGUUAUGGCUCUCCCGCGCUCGAUCUACAGUCUACCGCAGCACCUACUAUUGAAGCGGACAGGGCAAACGGCGUCACAUCUGAGAAGCCAGCUUCCGAGACUGGCACUGCUAAAAAUUCUGUGGCAGGCACACCACACCCACUCGCGUCUGCCCCGGCCUUCCCGGUAGCCGAAGCGUCAACCCCACCAGCUCGCAAGAUGGCUUCCAAGUCACCCCGUAAACAGGUGACUCGUGACGCUCUCGGGUCCAAAGAAGUCCCUAAAAUUACGCAUACGCCUGCAACCAAAUCACCCGAUGCUGGUAGCGAUUCUGCUCUAUCCGAUGUCGACGAUGAACUCAUCAACCGCGUCGAAGCCCCCAAAAACCUUGGGGUGAACAGCAACGGUGUCAAUGCCGCUACUAUCCCAAAGAAAGCGAAGAAUGCUGCUCUGGCCCGUGCCGGCAAGAAAUCAAAGGCCAACUCUACCAAGCCAUUGAGCAAGCCAAAGGAGAAAUUGCCUCUUACCCCAGAGCAACUGGCUGAGCAAGCGGAAAUCGAGAAGAAACGACAGAAAUACGUCGAUGAACAGUCACAUAUCAGGGACCACAUGAUGAAAUACGCUCCUACUUCCGACACCCGUUUUGAUGAUGAAAUUCUGGACACUGAGUCCUUGACUGAGUCCCAAAUCGCUGUUGGCCCGCCAGUAGAUAUGAACAGGCCUCGCCGAGCUGGACGACAACCGCGCAACGGCUACGACGUUCACGCUGGUGAUUCUAAGAGAUCGCUGGAUUUUUCUAGAUUCUCCUCACCUCGUCCUGACUCGGUGGCAACAAGCCGUCCUUCUACGCCCGCUGCUUCUACCUUCGGCCACGUACCCUACAAGCGAGUCAAACUGAACAACGGCCAAGCGCAUCACGCAGCUAGAACGAAGAAGUCGCCAGUCAAGAACCGUGAUGGACCUAUUGCAGGAAUUCCCCAUAAUGGGGGUGGCGGCUCGAGACACUCGGGGCCUGAUGACAAUGAUCCAAGCUCGCCACCAUCUGAGACAGAUGACCUCUGCUCAGCCUGCAAAGGCGCGGGCGAGUUUGUCAUCUGCGAUCACUGCCCACGCGUUUUUCACUUCCUCUGUUGUGAUCCGCCUAUGCUAGAGGCUCCUACCGGUCAUUUCUCGUGUUAUGAGUGCUCUUCGAAGCUGAAACACGUGGAGGAGCCUGCCGUGGACUCAUAUCCAGCCCUAGGUCCUCUCUUCAAAUCACUGGAAUCUAUCAACACCCGCGCGUUUGCUCUUCCAAGCUCGAUCCAAAAUCACUUUGAAAACGUUUCUGCACGUCUCGAUGGUUCUUACGUGGAAGAGACCAAGAAGUUCCCGCUAUCAAAAAGCAGCGGUUAUGGGUACCAGAGGCCUGAUUACACCAAGGUCUUUGAUGGCGACAAGGCCAUUCUGUGUGUUCAGUGUGGUUUGACUUCGAGCAACAAACGCCAGAUGCUCAAAUGCGACUUUUGCGCGGUUCACUGGCACCUGGACUGUCUAGAUCCACCCUUGGCUAACCCUCCUCACAUCAACCUUGAAUCUGCCCAGCGUGACGCGUGGCGAUGCCCGCGUCACAUUGAACACGAUCUUCGCAGUGGGAGCGUGGUGCAGAACGACCUCGACGAUGCACAGGACUGUGUCAUGAUGGACGCGCCUCGGCUUGGCAGAAAAGUCCGUAAGCCUAGGCAUCCGCAGGUCGUCCAGCCCACUUUCUCUCGCGGAAUGCGCAACAACGGACUCAUUGACAUCAUCAACGACCCCGACGACGACACAGAUGGCGAGGGCAACUAUGUCUUUGGCAAUGAUGAGAAGGACUUCAACUCUCACGUCUACCGCAUUCCUGAGAAAGGCAUAGUGCUGGACUUCAUCGACAAGGUCAAGAGUGGAAACGUUGUCAAGAAACAGAAACUAAGGGCAGACUCCCUAAAGGCUGAAGCUCAACGCAAGUCGUCCAUCCAAGCCCUUGCUGCUCGCCCAAUCGAACAACAGCAAGCAGCUCUUAAUCUCGCUCGACUCGCAAAGAAAGAACAGGAUGUAGGAUUGACCGAGAGCAACAUUGAUGCUCUCGUCCUGACUCUCACGGCCGAAGCCCCGCGAGAUGUUGUUGCCGCCAUCUCGGAUGCUCCUCCGCCGCCGAUGUCUGCUGACGAGCGUGCGCAAUUGCUCAAAUUGCAACAGCUCAUCAACAUUCGUCUCGGCAAUAACAACUAG